CCAGGCUUCUUCUCUCUCCUCUGUCCUCUCCCGCACAAACACACGCACUGAGUGUGAAAUAGAGAGGAAUCCAUCUUCCCUAUCAAUUGGGGGGAUUUAGUGAGAGAAACUGAAGAAGAGGGAAGUUGGGGGCUUUAUUUCAUGUGGAGUGACAUGAAAGAUUGCCAAAAUUAGAGGUGGAUAAAGCAUAUUUCUUGCUUCUUCAUCGAAUGAAUCUCCCUUUUUCUGUUGGAUAAGUAACUGCUGCAUCUGAUGUUAGUGAGAAGUAGCUCUGAUGACGCAAUUCAGACCACAAGCAUUUGGGGGUAACAUUCCUUCUUUUUCAUUAGGAUACAACUCACAUUCUUCUUUUUCAUUUGGGGCAUUGCUUGCAAAUCUUUGACAUUUAAAACCGAGCAUUGCUAUAACUGAGGAUGGGAGCUCUGUCGUUUGAACCAACAAUCUUCUGCCCGCUUGAUUAUGUGACUCUAGGGCUCAAGGACCCCAUCAAGGACUACCUGGGAAAGCCCCGGAUCCUUUCACUUCUUUCAGUUAUUCUGGAUAAAACUGUCGACGAAAAUGAGAAGAUGCUCGUGACAUCAGAAGCCAAAGAUGUCAUAACUGUUUUCCAUGGUACGAGAGCGCCUUCUCUCAGCAUUCAGCAAUACAUUGAUCGCAUUUUUAGGUAUUCCAACUGCAGUCCUUCCUGCUUCGUUAUUGCACAUAUAUACUUGGACAGAUUCAUACAACGGACAAACUUAUGCCUGAAUUCCCUCAACAUCCACCGCCUUCUUAUCACCAGUGUAAUGGUGGCAGCAAAGUUCAUUGAUGAUGCAUUCUUCAACAAUGCAUAUUAUGCUAGAGUGGGAGGCGUCACCACUAGAGAAUUGAACAAGCUGGAGAUGAAGUUUCUCUUUGGAGUGGAUUUCCAGCUUCACGUUAGCGUGCAGACGUUUAAGAAAUAUUGCUCGAUCCUGAAACAGGAAGACUCACGUGGACUCAUUGAACGCCCCAUCCCCAUAUGUGGAACGGAAGACAGCUGCACAAGCAGCAAUGAUGAUGGUGCCCUCUGUUCUGGUUCAGUCUCUCGAUGAGAAACUUGUACAUGCUGAUGCACAUUCAGCAUCGAGGACACGGGGUUCAUUCCACCUGUUAAAUUGCAACCUACUGCAACAGAUGCCCUAUCGGAUAAAAAUGAGGGCUUGAUAAUAGUUUUUGUUGGCACAUAGGUUUUUCUGGGCUUCCUUCCUUUUUUCCAUGUUGUUUGGUGGUCCCAUAUAUUGUAUUCUUCAGUCUUGAAAGUAAAACUGGAACUACGAUUCUUUAAUUGAUAAUGUCGUUUGAUAGGUGUU